AUGUUCUCACGCAUCUCUCAGAUCACUCGCCAUCUCUCAGUCCCCAUCGCGAAUAACACCAGACGAUUUGCUCUUGGACGAAUCAUGGCUCCUGUAUCGGCAGAUGAGCGCAACUCGCGCACUAUUUCCACAGCAGCCUGCUUAAUCAUUGGAGAUGAGGUCCUAGGCGGAAAGACGGUUGAUACCAACUCUGCCUACCUUGCCAAAUGGUGCUUCAACCUCGGUAUUGUACGUAUGGGUGCUGAGUAUCGUUUGAGUGGUGGAAUUGGACCCACACACGACGAUAUCACCUAUCAAUCUAUUGCCACAGCCUUCAACCUGCCUCUCAAGCUUCACCAGGAGACCUUUGAGAAGAUGAAGCUUCUUUCAAAGCCUCACCCCAACCAGCCCAAGUUCGACUGGGAAGUUGAUUCACCCGCCAGAAGAGCCAAGCUUCGCAUGGCAGAACUGCCAAUGGAUGAAUCACGGGAUCUCAAGAAGCAGGCCCUCUUUCCUCAGGAAGACCUCUGGGUUCCCGUGGCAGUUGUAAAUGGAAACAUCCAUAUCCUUCCAGGCGUCCCCAGACUUUUCCAGAGACUUCUGGAAGGACUAAAGCCUCACGUUCUACCCCGACUUACUGAUCCUGAGGGUAAAGGCACGCACAGAGUUCUGUUCUCUACUCCCAUCCCUGAGAGCGGUGUUGCCGAAUUCCUCACGACUCUGGCGGCCAAAGUUGAGCCCAAGGGUGUCAAGGUGGGAAGUUACCCUCGUUGGGGCAAGGAGAAUAACACAGUAACUCUUGUUGGAAGGGACUUGAAUUAUCUCGAGAGUCUCGUCGAGGAAGUGGAAGCUGGUAUCCAGGGCAUGCGAGUCACCGCCGAAAGUGACACGGAAGAAGACCCAAAACAGAUCAAGAAGCAGGCAACCGAAGAUGCGGACAAGGAUACAGCAAAGCAAGUUGCUCAGAAACCUUGA